UUUCAGGUGUUUGGUGGUGAUGAGUCAUUAUCAUUCAGGUUUCAGGUGUUUGGUGGUGAUGAGUCAUUAUCAUUCAGGUUUCAGGUGUUUGGUGGUGAUGAGUCAUUAUCAUUCAGGUUUCAGGUGUUUGGUGGUGAUGAGUCAUUAUCAUUCAGGUUUCAGGUGUUUGGUGGUGAUGAGUCAUUAUCAUUCAGGUUUCAGGUUAGCGUUCACCUCGACACUUGACACCGCUACAGGAAGUGAAGAGAGGCUUUUUCUCACCGCACUGUUCUUGGUGUUCAGUAUAAAUGUGCUGGUAGUUAAUUAGAUGUGUUGGUGAGUGUGAUGUUGAGAGGUUUAUACUAAUCACUGUAUGGAAGUUUUAUAUCAGCACUUGUCUAAUGAACAGAUCAGUGUUUCUCAUGUUUCUCAUGUUUCAGCCUGAAAUUUUACCACAAUACCAUUCCUUCAUUUUUCACUAACACAGUGUCACACUUUCAUUUAUUUAUUUAUUUAUUUAUUUAUUUUUGCUUAGUUUUUAAAUCAGAAUGUUUUUUAUUGUUGAUGAAGUUUGGAGUUUACAGUUUGGGGGGAAGCAGAAAUACGGACGCGGUCAAACGCUGAUGCACUAACGCUUCUGUACGUUCACGUUUAUAUACGUUUACGCAAGACUGAGUGUAUAUCCUCACUGUACAGUCUACAGCAACGCUCUACACAACAACACUACACAACAACGCUCUACACAACACGCUCUACACAACAACGCUCUACACAACAACACUCUACACAACAACACUACACAACAACGCUCUACACAACAACACUACACAACAACGCUCUACACAACACUACACAACAACGCUCUACACAACAACACUACACAACAACACUACACAACGCUCUACACAACACGCUCUACACAACAUCGCUCUACACAACAACACUACACAACAACGCUCUACACAACACGCUCUACACAACAUCGCUCUACACAACACUCUACACAACAACACUACACAACAACGCUCUACACAACAACACUACACAACAACGCUCUACACAACACUACACAACAACGCUCUACACAACAACACUACACAACAACACUACACAACGCUCUACACAACACGCUCUACACAACAUCGCUCUACACAACAACACUACACAACAACGCUCUACACAACACUACACAACAACGCUCUACACAACAACACUACACAACAACGCUCUACACAACACUACACAACAACGCUCUACACAACAACACUACACAACAACGCUCUACACAACACGCUCUACACAACAUCGCUCUACACAACAACACUACACAACAACGCUCUACACAACAACGCUCUACACAACAACACUACUCAACAACACUCUACACAACAACACUACACAACAACGCUCUACACAACAACACUACACAACAAUGCUCUACACAACAACACUACACAACAACGCUCUACACAACAACGCUCUACACAACAACACUACACAACAACGCUCUACACAACAACACUACACAACAACACUACACAACAACGCUCUACACAACACGCUCUACACAACAACGCUCUACACAACAACACUACACAACAACGCUCUACACAACAACACUCUACACAACACACUACAUAACAAUGCUCUACACAACAACACUACACAACACGCUCUACACAACAAUGCUCUACACAACACGCUCUACACAACACUACACAACACGCUCUACACAACAACACUACACAACACGCUCUACACAACAACGCUCUACACAACACGCUCUACACAACAACACUACACAACAACGCUCUACACAACAACGCUCUACACAACACACUACAUAACAAUGCUCUACACAACAACACUACACAACAACGCUCUACACAACAACACUACACAACAACGCUCUACACCACAACACUACACAACAACGCUCUACACAACAACACUCUACACAACACACUACAUAACAAUGCUCUACACAACAACACUACACAACAACGCUCAACACAACACUACACAACACGCUCUACACAACAAUGCUCUACACAACAACGCUUUCACAACACGCUCUACACAACAACACUACACAACAACGCUCUACACAACAACACCACACAACAACACUACACAACACGCUCUACACAACAACGCUCUACACAACAACGCUUUCACAACACGCUCUACACAACACUACACAACAACGCUCUACACAACAACACUACACAACAACACUACACAACAACGCUCUACACAACACACUACAUAACAAUGCUCUACACAACAACACUACACAACACGCUCUACACAACACUCUACACAAUACGCUCUACACAACACUACACAACACGCUCUACACAACAACACUACACAACACGCUCUACACAACACUCUACACAAUACGCUCUACACAACAAUGCUCUACACAACACGCUCUACACAACACUACACAACACGCUCUACACAACACUCUACACAACACGCUCUACACAACAACACUACACAACAACGCUCUACACAACAACACUACACAGCAAUGCUCUACACAACACUCUACACAACACUACACAACAACACUACAGAACAACGCUCUACACAAAACUACACAACAACGCUCUACAUAACGCUCUACACAACAAUUCUCUACAUAACAACACUACACAACAACGCUCUACACAACACUACAGAACAAUACGCUACACAACAACACUACACAACACUCUACACAACACUACAGAACAAUAUGCUACACAACAACACUACACAACACUCUACACAACGCUCUACACAACAAUUCAUUACCCAACAACACUACACAACAACGCUCUACACAACACUACAGAACAAUGCUCUACACAACAACACUACACAACAACACUCUACACAACACGCUCUACACAACAACGCUCUACACAACAACACUCUACACAACAACACUACACAACAACGCUCUACACAACACAACAAAACAACGCUCUACACAACACUACAGAACAAUGCUCUACACAACAACACUACACAACAACAAUACACAACAACGCUCUACACAACACUACAGAACAAUGCUCUACACAACAACACUACACAACAACAAUACACAACAACGCUCUACACAACACUACAGAACAAUGCUCUACACAACAAUACUACACAACAACGCUCUACACAACAAAACAACACUCUACACAACAACACUACACAACAACACUACACAACAUGCUCUACACAACGCUCUACACAACAAUUCACUACACAACAACACUACACAACAACGCUCUACACAACACUACAGAACAAUGCUCUACACAACAACGCUCUACACAACAAAACAACACUCUACACAACACUACAGAACAAUGCUCUACACAACAACACUACACAACAACAAUACACAACAACGCUCUACACAACACUACAGAACAAUGCUCUACACAACAAUACUACACAACAACGCUCUACACAACAAAACAACACUCUACACAACAACACUACACAACAACACUCUACACAACACUCUCUACACAACGCUCUACACAACAAUUCACUACACAACAACACUACACAACAACGCUCUACACAACAACACUACACAACAACACUCUACACAACACUCUCUACACAACGCUCUACACAACAAUUCACUACACAACAACACUACACAACAACGCUCUACACAACACUACAGAACAAUGCUCUACACAACAAUACUACACAACAACGCUCUACACAACAAAACAACACUCUACACAACACUACAGAACAACACUCUACACAACACGCUCUACACAACAAUUCACUACACAACAACACUACACAACAACGCUCUACACAACACUACAGAACAAUGCUCUACACAACAACACUACACAACAACACUACACAACAACGCGCUACACAACACUACAGAACUGAUCUACACAACAACACUACACAACAACACUACACAACACGGUCUACACAACGCUCUACACAACAAUUCUCUACACUACAACGCUCUACACAACAACACUACACAACAACACUCUACACAACACUACACAAUAACGCUCUACACAACACUACACAACACUACACAACACUACAACGCUCUACACAACACUACACAACAACACUACACAACGCUCUACACAACAACACAACAACGCUCUACACAACACUCUACACAACAACGCUCUACACAACACUACACGAUAACGCUUUACACAACACUACAGAACAUUACACAACACUACAACGCUUUACACAACAUUACACAACAACACUCUACACAACACUACACAACAAGGCUCUACACAACAACGCUCAAACACACGGGUCAGAAGGUUCUCUAUAACAGCGGCUCUGACAGUAGCGCAGGUUUUUUUAAUGCUCUCGUUCUGAUACGUUAUGGUUUCUAUAGUAACGGCUCGUUCACAGGGACGUGUACAGCGCACGCUCCACAUAAACUAAUUGUACAUGUGUGUGAUCAUUUAUGUAUCAGUUAUGGAAGGAGUCUCCAGUGUCAGAGGUAAAGCUUUAACUUUAUGUUGUCCCACAGAGAGAAUAAAGAGAGAAAAGAGAGGGAAUAAAGAGAGGAUAAAGAGAGAGAAUAGAGAGAGAGGAUAAAGAGAGAAAAGAGAGGGAAUAAAGAGAGGAUAAAGAGAGAGAAUAGAGAGAGAGGAUAAAGAGAGAAAAGAGAGGGAAUAAAGAGAGGAUAAAGAGAGAGAAUAGAGAGAGAGGAUAAAGAGAGAGAAUAGAGAGAGAGGAUAAAGAGAGAGAAUAGAGAGAGAGGAUAAAGAGAGAAAAGAGAGGGAAUAAAGAGAGGAUAAAGAGAGAGAAUAGAGAGAGAGGAUAAAGAGAGAAAAGAGAGGGAAUAAAGAGAGAGAAUAAAGAGAGAGAAUAGACAGAGAGAAUAGAGAGGAUAAAGAGAGAAAAGAGAGGGAAUAAAGAGAGAGAAUAAAGAGAGAAUAGAGAGAGAGGAUAAAGAGAGAAAAGAGAGGGAAUAAAGAGAGAGAAUAGACAGAGAGAAUAGAGAGAGAGGAUAAAGAGAGAAAAGAGAGGGAAUAAAGAGAGAGAAUAGACAGAGAGAAUAGACAGAGAGGAUAAAGAGAGAAAAGAGAGGGAAUAAAGAGAGAGAAUAAAGAGAGAAUAGAGAGAGAGGAUAAAGAGAGAAAAGAGAGGGAAUAAAGAGAGAGAAUAAAGAGAGGGAAUAAAGAGAGAGAAUAGAGAGAGAGAAUAGAGAGGGAAUAAAGAGAGAGAAUAAAGAGAGGAUAAAGAGAGAGGAUAAAGAGAGAAAAGAGGGAAUAAAGAGAGGAUAAAGAGAGAAUAGAGAGAGAGGAUAAAGAGAGAAAAAAGAGGGAAUAAAGAGAGAGAAUAAAGAGAGGGAAUAAAGAGAGAGAAUAGAAAGAGAAUAAAGAGAGAAUAGAGAGAGGGAAUAAAGAGAGAAUAGAGAGAGGGAAUAAAGAGAGAGCAUAAAGAGAGGGAAUAAAGAGAGAAUAAAGAGAGAAUAAAGAGACAGAAUAAAGAGAGAGAAUAGAGAGAGAAUAAAGAGAGAGAAUAGAGAGAGAGAAUAGAGAGAGAAUAGAGAGAGAAUAGAGAGAGAGAGAAUAAAGAGAGAGAAUAGAGAGAGAAUAGAGAGAGAGAAUAAAGAUAGAGAAUAGAGAGAGAAUAAAGAGAGAGAAUAGAGAGAGAAUAAAGAGAGAGAAUAGAGAGAGAGAAUAGAGAGAGAAUAGAGAGAGA